AUGCAAUACCUCGCACUGCUGGCGGGCCUCCUGGCCUCCGCAGCAGCAGUUCCAACAUCCGACACGCUCAAAAUCUGCGAUUAUCUCUACCAGAAAUAUCCAAACUUUCUCGCCUACGACACGCUAGGCCUGUCGGCGUUGAAGACCGUUGCGAACGCCUCGCAAUACACUGAAAUCAACAGCGUAUAUUGGAACAAUGAAAACUCCUAUGCCUACCGAGCUGCCUGUGCUUUCUUCCCGGACAACGCUGAGAAGGUCUCCGAUGCCGUCAAGCAGCUCAACAAGUACCCUUCCGUCAAGUUUGGACUGAAGUCUGGAGGUCACAACCCAGCUCCUGGCUUCUCAGCAGUCGAUCAAGGCGUCCUAAUCUCGUUCGAGCCGAACCUCGCAUCGACGACUCGGACUGCGGAUGGGAACCACUUUCUUGUCGGACCCGGCGCUCGGUGGGGCGAUGUCUACAAGGAGGCAGGCAAGACUCAACAAAUCGUUGUCGGAGGCCGGCUAGGUCACAUCGGUGUUGGUGGCUUUGUGCUCGGCGGUGGUUUGUCGUACUAUUCGGCACAAUAUGGCCUCGCGUGCGACAACGUCGACAACUUUGAGGUCGUUCUGGCAGACGGAACCAUCACCAACGCCAACAGAACCUCCGAACCAGAGCUUUUCUUCUCGCUAAGGGGCGGUGGCAAUCAGUUCGCCAUCGUGACCCAGAUGACGAUGCAAGCCCACCCAGAAGGUGUCAACGGUCAAGUCUGGGGCGGCAUUCGAGCCUACAGCUCCGAGAAGCGACAUGAGCUCUUCCGCGCCGUCACCAACUUCAUCAGAACCUACCCCGACGCCAAAGCCGCCAUCAUCCCGGUCUUCCAAUUCGGCCUCCCCCUCAACCUCCUCAACGCCGUCACCGGCCCAAUCGUCUUCUUCUUCUACGACGGCCCUACCCCACCCUCCUCCCUCUUCGCCGAAUUCGACGCCAUCACGCCCCUCGUGUCGGACACCAGCACAAAGUCAUACUACGACCUCUCCCAAGAAGCCGGCGGCGCAAGCCUCAACGGCUUCGGCAACUCCUUCCGCGAAGUCACCGUACAAAACCUCCCGGAGGACAUGAUGGUCGACUACCUCGACGUCUACUGGAACAGGACCUACAAGCGAGUCCUGACAGAUGGUCUGGAACAACCGCUUGACGUGCAGCUUGUCGGCUUCACGCCACAACCUGUUUCUGUGCGUAUCGCCGAAGCGUCGCAGGCUCAGGGCGGGAAUGCGUUGGGACUGGACCCGAAGAAUGGAGAUCGCAUCUGGAUCGAAAACCAGUUCUUGUGGGCGAGUGGACCGUUGUGCAAGGAGAGAUGUCCGCAGUACUCAAAAGAUUUGUCGGAAAACUUGUUGCAGUGGCAGAAGAAGACGUACGGGAAUGUGCCGCCGACGAAUUAUCAGUCUGGAGAUUUGUCGUUUGUCAACUACAACCCGAUGUUUAUGAACGAUGCGGCCCCAGACCAAGAUGUCUACACGAGUUAUGGUUCGGACAACUUGCGGCGACUUCAAGCGGCGAAGAGGCAUUAUGAUCCGACGGGGUUCUUCACGAAUCGACAGGGCGGGUUCAAGUUGCCUGCAUGA